GACUCAGUGGGUAAUCUUCAAUAGAGAAGGAUAAUUAUGGAACUAAAACCCCGAAAAUAAAAUAGUCUUCUCAUUUCAGCGUUGUGCAGACCCUGUAGCUGUAAGAAAGAAAUCCUAUGAUCAUACAUACCUCUUGAAUUGAAGAAAUCAAGAAAGUGAAGGGAGUUUCAUGAUUAUAUGGAUCUCAUCUUAUCGAUCUGACAUCUAAGAGGACCUCUCAAGUUUUCUCUAUGAGGUCUUUAAUGGAGUCUUGAUUCGUGAUACUUCGAUCUCUGAUAGUCUGAUGGUCGAAAGCUUUUCUGAUUGCCAUGGCUGCACCUUUCUUCUCCACGCCUUUCCAACCCUAUGUUUACCAGAGCCCACAAUCAGCUGUUGUACCCUUUCAAAUUUUGGGUGGUGAAGCUCAGAUUGUUCAGAUCAUGUUAAAACCGCAAGAGAAGGUCAUUGCAAAGCCUGGUUCUAUGUGCUACAUGUCUGGAUCCAUUCUGAUGGAAAAUGUUUACCUCCCUGAAAACGAAGGCGGAAUGUUUCAAUGGCUUUUUGGAAAGAGUGUGACUAGCAUAGUUCUCCUAAAUCCUGGUCCAAAUGAUGGAUUUGUUGGAAUUGCUGCACCUUCACUUGCUAGGAUACUCCCGAUUGACCUGGCAAUGUUUGGUGGAGAAAUUUUAUGCCAGCCAGAUGCGUUUCUUUGCUCAGUCAGUGAUGUAACAGUCACUAAUGCAGUUGAUCAUAGGGCCCGUAAUGUUGUGGGUGGUGCGGAGGGAAUUUUGAGGCAGAAGCUCACAGGCCAGGGACUAGCCUUCAUUGUUGCUGGUGGAUCUGUUGUACAGAAAAAUCUCGAUGUGGGUGAAGUACUUGUUGUUGAUGCCUCUUGCAUUGUUGCCUUGACAGCUGCUAUCAAUUUCCAAGUAAAAUACUCUGGCCCCAUGAGGCGGGUGGUCUUUGGGAGUGAGAACCUAGUUACAGCCGUCUUAACUGGACCGGGCUUAGUCAUCGUUCAGAGUUUGCCCUUCUUCCGACUUUCUCAGCGAAUUGCAAGAGCGGUUACAGCACCAAACCUGAGGGAAAAUCCGAAGUUCUUCAUUCAAAUAGCUAUAUUUUUCUUUUUAGCAUAUGUUAUGAUUGUAUCAUCAUUUAUCUUGACAGAUGCCUGACUUUUUUUUUUUCUGUCUUAGAACUUUCCCCUUUACUCAUUUGUUUCUUUUUUUUUCUCUUGUUGAUUCUUAAGUUAAAUUUUUUUGGGGGGUGUUUAGUUGUUAAAUAGGCUAGUCAAGUGUGAUUAUGAUCAUCAACGGUGAGCUAAGUUUUUUACUUUCAGAAGAAUUUCCCCCUUUUCUGGAAUUGCAUGCUUAGCAGGAAUAACUGAUUAAGUGGGUUUGGAGUUGCAAGGCAGAUCAGAUUCAUGAGAGGUAAUGACUAUUUGUUUCUUGUCAUUUUCAAA